CAACGCCGAUUGGUUGUCCUACCUUCAGGUGAAGGGAGAAAAAAAAAACAAAUAUUGAUUUUCGCUCAUAUUCAUGUACUUGGAAACACCUUGUUCUUUAAAUAAUUGGGACUGUACGCAGCCGAAUAAAUCUCAUAAUAUUUGUCAUUUUUUUUAAAUCAUUAAAUUCGUACUGAUCGUAGCUGUAAGGUCAUUGCCAAAACGUGUUUCCCCUUCUUGCGUCCUACAUUGCGUGAAAAACGAGUGUAGUUGCGAAUUGUUGCCCUACGUAAUCACAGUUUGUAUAUUAUGUUUUAUGACAUUCGUGUAGGGCAUGAAAACAAACUUCUUACUUGUCAAUCUUUUGCUGAAUGUUUAAUAUUGAAAAAGCAAUAGUUUUGAUCGAAUAUUUCAUUUAAAAGCCACAAACUGGCACGUUUUCAAGUAUAUUUCAGAAGAUUAAGGACUAGUGUAUAAUCUUACUGAUAAUAUACAAAUUUUAUAAAUUAUUUGGAAAUCAUGGCUUCAGCUUUGAAACUUGGAACGUUUAGUGCCGUCAUUUGUAGAAAAUCGUAUUCUCAUGUAAAAAUAAGCUCAUCCACUGGCUUAAAUAAAUAUAGGACUUAUAUGACAAAAACUUCUCAAGAACCGUUUUUAAAUGGAAGUUCAUCUGUAUAUGUCGAAGAAAUGUAUAAAGCAUGGUUAAAAGAUCCUGAAAGUGUCCAUAAAUCCUGGGAUGUUUACUUCAGAAAUUCCACUGAAGGAGCUGAUCCAAGUAGUGCAUACCAAAGUCCACCUCUUACCCCCACUGAGUAUGUCCACGUUCCUUUCCCAUCCGUGCAAGGGAUGACCGCCCUCACCCCGGUAUCUGGGACUCCACAAUAUGUUGAACCAAGAGGAAUUGAAGAUCAUUUAUCUGUACAGGCUAUCAUAAGAUCAUAUCAAGUGCGUGGUCAUCUAGUUUCCAAAUUAGAUCCAUUGGGCAUCACGUCUGCGAAUAUACAGUCCCCUUUCUCUGAGGGAUCUCCCAGUUCCCCUCAAGUUGUUUUAAGAAGCUACCAGUUGGAGUGGAUGAAAGAUCCAGGUGGAAUUUUGAAGGAAAAAGACAUGGAUCGUCAUUUCAAGCUUCCUGGAAGUACUUUUAUAGGGGGCAAUGAAAAUACUAUGUCAUUGCGGGAGAUUUUAAAACGCUUAGAGGAUGUGUACUGUGGUCCUAUUGGAAUUGAAUAUAUGUUCAUAAAUAGUCAAGAAAUAUGCAAUUGGAUUAGGAAAAAAUUUGAAACACCAGGUAUUAUGAACUUCAAUAAAGAACAGAGAAGACUAUUGAUGGCUCGUCUCAUUCGAUCAACAAAAUUUGAAGACUUCCUUGCUCGAAAAUGGGUAUCUGAAAAACGAUUUGGACUUGAGGGAUGUGAAGUUCUUAUUCCAGCCAUGAAAACUAUAAUUGAUCGAGCCAGCGAAUUGGGUAUUGAAAGUGUCAUUAUAGGAAUGCCUCACAGGGGUCGUUUAAAUGUGCUAGCAAAUGUAUGUCGCAAACCUCUCGAGCAAAUAUUUGCUCAAUUUAGUGGUCUUGAACCUGCUGAUGAGGGCUCUGGUGAUGUGAAAUACCACUUGGGCAUGUGCCAUGAACGUUUAAAUCGACUUACAAACAAAAACAUAAAACUGGCUGUAGUAGCUAAUCCCUCACAUUUAGAAGCAUGUGACCCUAUUGUGCAAGGAAAAACAAGAGCAGAGCAGUUCUAUAGGGGAGAUACUCAAGGAAAAAAAGUUAUGAGUAUUUUACUUCAUGGUGAUGCUGCAUUUUCAGGACAGGGUGUUGUUUAUGAAACUUUCCAUCUUAGUGACUUACCAGAUUAUUCUACCCAUGGCACCAUACACAUUGUUGUUAAUAAUCAAAUUGGAUUCACAACUGAUCCCAGACGAUCUAGAUCAUCUCCUUAUUGUACUGAUGUUGCCAGGGUAGUGAAUGCUCCUAUCUUUCAUGUCAAUGCAGAUAAUCCUGAAGCUGUAGUGCAUGUUUCAAAUGUUGCUUCUGAAUAUCGAGCUAAAUUUGGAAAAGAUGUUGUUGUAGAUUUGGUGUGCUAUCGUCGUAAUGGGCAUAAUGAAAUUGAUGAACCAAUGUUCACUCAGCCACUUAUGUAUACUAAGAUAAGAAAAACGCUCCCAGUUCUUGAUCAGUACAGUCGACGUCUUGUUGAAGAUGGAGUGGUCACUGAAAAGGAAUGUGAGGAGGAAGAAGCCAGAUAUGAAGCUAUUCUUCAGGAAGCAUAUACUAAUGCUGAAAAAGACACUCGAAUGUAUAAUACUGAUUGGCUAGAUUCACCAUGGAAAGGAUUUUUUGGAACCAAAAAUCUGUAUAAAUGUGAUCCAACUGGUGUAGAAGAAGAUGUAUUGCGCCAUAUUGGUGUGGCUUUUGGCUCUUCACCACCUGGCAACUUCAAAAUCCAUCCUGGCAUCAAAAGAAUACUUAAAGCUCGAAUGGAGAUGGUCGAUCAUCGUCUUGUUGAUUGGGCUCUGGCAGAAGCAAUGGCUUUCGGUUCUUUGCUCAAAGAUGGCGUCCAUGUCAGACUAAGUGGACAAGAUGUAGAACGUGGAACUUUUAGCCAUCGCCAUCAUGUGCUUCAUCAUCAAUUAAUUGAUAAAACAACUUACAGACCAUUAUGUCAACUAUGGCCAGACCAAGCUCCUUAUACAGUAUGCAACAGUUCUCUGUCAGAAUAUGCUGUCUUAGGAUUUGAGCUUGGUUUUUCAAUGACCAAUCCUAAUGCUCUUGUUAUGUGGGAAGCUCAGUUUGGUGAUUUCAUGAACACAGCUCAGUGUAUCAUUGAUCAAUUUAUCAGUAGUGGUCAAGCUAAGUGGGUCAGACAGAGUGGAAUCGUUUUACUUCUUCCCCAUGGAAUGGAAGGAAUGGGUCCUGAACAUUCUAGUGCCAGACCUGAACGUUUUCUUCAACUCUGCAAUGAAGAGAUGGAUGUUUUUCCUACAAUAGAUGAAGAUUUUGCUGUCAGGCAACUUCACGAUUGCAACAUGAUUGUAGUGAACUGCAGUACACCUGCCAAUUAUUUCCAUGCUUUAAGACGUCAAAUCAUUUUGCCAUUCAGGAAGCCUCUUAUUGUUUUUACUCCAAAAUCCCUCCUUCGUCAUCCUGAAGCUCGCUCUUCAUUUGAUGAUAUGACUGCUGAUACUUCUUUCCAACGUCUGAUUCCUGAUAAUGGUCCUGCCAGUGAGAAUCCUGGAAAUGUUGAACGAAUUGUCUUCUGUACAGGCAAACUGUACUAUGAAUUGUCGAAAAAGCGAAAAGAUAGCAAUUUAGAUUCAUCUGUUGCAAUAGUUCGAAUUGAACAGCUUUGUCCUUUCCCAUUUGAUCUUGUUAAGGAAGAAUUAGAUAAAUAUCCUAAUGCAAAUUUAAUUUGGUCCCAAGAAGAACAUAAGAACCAAGGAUAUUGGUGUUACAUUCAACCGCACAUGGAAACAGUCUCUAACCAUGAACGUCAUAUUAGCUAUGCUGGACGAGCCGUGUCUGCUUCAACAGCUACAGGAAGUAAACAAGCUCACAAGAAGGAGCAAGAAAGAGUUGUCUCUGUUGCCUUGGGCUUAUAAAGAAGAAAAUUUUGUUCUGUGAUAAAGACUGUACUCUAUUAAAAUGCCUGGAUUUUGUAUACAAAUUAGGUGCAAUUUUGCACUUCAAGACCUUUUAAAAUAAUUUAAAAACUGAAUUUUUUUUUUUAAGUUUCGCAAUUUUAUUUAUUUUAAAUCUAAAGAUCAAAAAUGAGUUUGCCUUUUAAACCUAGUAAAAUUAUUCCCUUCUUUUUAAAGUGAAAAAAAAAAUUAUUACUCUUAGAGCUAAAAGAUUGUAGAAAACGGAAGUCCUAGAAACUUAAUUUGUGCUUAGUACUUCUACAUUAUUACAGCACUAUUUAUUAGUAAUUCUUUACUGAAAAGAAACUGGGAAAUAUGAAAAUAAAAUUAUAUUUUGGAACAUUGA